ACGUCUUGUUUACAGUGGUUAGUGCCAGGCCUCAUAAGUCCAACGUGGUCACGGUUUUAUAGCUUACAUUUUUUUCUUUCAUUACAAGGGUCGUUGCAUGAAACAUCCAAUCUGGAUCGAGGCGGCAACAACAGGAAGAAGAAGAUAGAGGAAUUCUCUAGGUCUUCUCGAGAGAAACUAGUCCAGUCGAAGAAUAAAAUGUUCUCCAAAUUCACGUCAAUCCUCCAGCAUGCGGUGGAAGCGCUUGCCCCUUCACUGCCUUUGCAGGAGGACUUUGUCUAUCACUGGAAGGCUAUUACACAUUAUUACAUUGAGACUUCAGAUGACAAAGCUCCAGUCACAGACACCAAUAUCCCAUCCCACCUGGAACAGAUGCUGGACAUCCUAACCCAGGAAGAAGGGGAAAGAGAGUCUGGAGAGACAGGACCCUGUAUGGAGUAUCUCUUACACCAUAAGAUCCUGGAGACGCUCUUCACUUUGGGCAAAGCUGAUUGUCCACCAGGGAUGAAACAGCAGGUGUUGACUUUCUACACAAAGCUACUAGCACACAUUCGUCAGCCUCUCCUACCACACAUCAAUGUCCACAGACCUGUGCAGAAACUGGUGCGUCUGUGUGGGGAGGUGCUCGCUGCUCCUACAGAAAACGAAGAGAUUCAGUUUCUUUGUAUAGUCUGUGCCAAACUGAAGCAGGACUCAUAUCUUGUCAACUUCUUCCUUGAGAACAAGACAAGGAGACCUGAAACAAAGAGUCCUGAAAGAGCAGAGCAAGUGAAGGCUCCAGACACUGGUCAGCCUCUGGGAGACGCACAGCCUGGCUGCCCAGAGGAAUCACAGGUUGCUGCUGCUGCUGCUGCCACAUCCAGUCCAACCAACAACAACAAUAAUGGCAGCAAUUAUGAUCUCGUCACGUCUCUUCUCAAUCUCACAAAGAGCCCUGAUGGCAGAAUAGUGGUGAAGGCGUGUGAGGGCCUGAUGCUGCUGGUCAGUUUACCAGAGCCUGCUGCUGCCAAGUGUUUAACUGAAAACACUGAGCUCUGUGAGCUUCUGACCGACAGACUGGUCUCCUUCUAUAAAGCUCUGCCACAGUCCAUGGACCCUUUAGACAUUGAGACAGUUGAAGCAGUCAACUGGGGUCUGGAUGUAUAUAACCUAAAGGAGGAUGCUGCCAUCUUCACAGGGAAGAGGCCUCUCAUCUCCUUCCUGUCUUGGCUAGAUUACUGUGACCAACUCAUCAAGGAGGCUCACAAGUCAGCAGCUACAGUGAUGGCAAAAGCAGUGAGAGAAAGAUUCUUUGUGUCUGUGAUGGAACCACAGCUUAUGCAGACGUCUGAGGUUGGCAUCCUGACAUCCACAGCCCUGCUGAACAGGAUCAUCAGGCAGGUGACGUCGGAGGCUCUGCUACAGGAGAUGGUUUACUUCCUGCUGGGGGAAGAAAAAGACCAAGAAACUUCAGCAACUGUUGCCCAAAACCCACUCAGACACCGACUUAUUGAGCACUGCGACCACCUGUCAGAUGAGAUCAGCAUCAUGACACUGAGGCUGUUUGAGCAGCUGAUGCAGAAACCCAACCAGCACAUCCUCCACAGCUUGGUGCUGCGUAACCUAGAGGAGAGGAACUACCUAGAGAACAAACCACAGGAGGAGCGAGAGCCCCUCGAGAAUGGCCAGCCACAAGAUGCCGUAGAUCUUGAGGAGGAUCCUCUAUUUGGUGACGACGUCUCUCCUGACAGCCGACUGUCUGGUUCUGAUUGGCUGAGCUCGUCUCCUCCACAGAGUCCGGACCACUCCAAGUCUGACGGGAAAACAGAGGUCCACAAGAUUGUCAACAGUUUCCUGUGUUUGGUCCCUGACGAGGCCAAGUCAUCGUAUCACGUUGAAGGCACAGGCUAUGACACCUACCUCAGAGACGCACACAGACAGUUCAGGGACUAUUGUGGAGUGUGUCACCAGUGGGACUGGAGGGGAAACCCGAAGCCUUUUGAGAAGUGUAACUUGGACCUGCCGUUCUUUGAAGGCCACUUCCUCAAGGUUCUUUUCGACCGGAUGGGUCGCAUCCUAGAUCAGCCCUAUGAUGUGAACCUGCAGGUGACCGCUGUGCUGUCCAAGCUGUCAUUGUUACCACACCCUCACCUUCAUGAGUACCUGCUGGACCCUUACAUCAGCCUAGCCCCCGGGUGCAGGUCUCUGUUCUCCGUCAUCGUCAGGGUGGUGGGAGAUCUCAUGUUGAGGAUUCACCGCAUCCCAGAUUUCACACCCAAACUGCUGCUGGUGAGGAAGAGACUACUCGGCCUGGAACCCGAGGGCGUCACAAUCGACCACAUGACUCUGCUGGAGGGGGUGAUCGUGCUCGAGGAGUUCUGCAAAGAGCUCGCAGCCAUCGCCUUCGUCAAAUACCACGCGGCAGCCGCCUCCUCCUCCUCGCCGUGAUCCGUCUGCCUCGGCCUGGCUGACAGGUCAGGAUUAAACUGGGCCGUUUGUGGUGUGUGUGUGUGUGCGUGUGCUGGUACCGGUGGCACAGGGUCGGCAAAACAUUAACACUAAUUGCUCAUCAUUGCAAGACUGUUAAAGCCCACAUGGACGGCUCCAUCACUCUCUCCCUCUUCUGGCCUCUCAGGCACCAACAUAAAGGAAAAAGUCUUUGGUCUUGUUCUUGAGCAGGUCAGAGCACAGACACUGCCCAGCCAGCAGAGGAGGAAGCGGAGAGAGGCUGAGGUGCAGACCGGACUUUUCUCAGCCUCUGCAUUUUCACCCUCCCAUCACAAUCCUUUUCUUUUCUCACCAGCCAAAAGAUAAAAGCCCUGUAAUUAUUAUUAUUAUGUCAAGGGGAAAAGAUGGUGUGUAUUUAUUUUCCUGUCACAUUGUCGCCCAUUUGUAAACGUCAAUGCCUUAGUGUGACAUCACACGUUUCCUUUUGAAACAUUUUUAAAUCGUCGUCUUUUUUGAAGACGAGAGGCAGCAGAGAACUCUCUUCUGUCCUCGUGUGUUUUUAGUUAGGAAGAACAUCCUGAGCUGCAGUAUUUACGAUGCUACACUCUCUCGUCUUUUAAAUGCCAA